CUUAUUAAAUAGGUUCCUAAUUUGUAUGAUAUGAGUGAUGAAGAUAUAUCUCACAAAAUUACAAAGUAUUCGCGCAUUUUGCGAAUAAAGGAAUCUUCUUAUAAAGAUGUUAUGGUAUCACUGGAGCGCUUGCAAUUCUGCAUUACUUCAAGGCAAAUUUUAGAGUCGUCUGGAAUUGAACCAGUGGUUCGCUCGUGGGUUAAAAAUGACGAUGGCCCUGCGUGUAACCUUGCGAGAAAACUCCUCAAACAGUGGGAAAACUCACACUUUUUCAAAUCGAGUUCGCAGAAUUCUCAGCCUAAUAAAUACUCUGGCUCGAAAAGCAAUGGCCAUUCAAAUGGUCGUAAAAUAAAUCGGGUUGCCGCUCUCAAAAGUCCCUCCCUAUCGCCAUCGUCAGAAUCUGAAAAUGAAGUUGAAAACACAGGAAAUCGGUCUUCUGUUUUGCUAAACUAUUCUACGUCUAAGGAUUAUUCCGCGUCUUGUACCAAAGGGUUUCUCGCGAACAGAGAAAGAAGUAUUUCCAUAAGUAGCUCUUCAAGUGAAGACGAUGAAUCAGGUGAAACAGACGAGCUAAACAGUAGUGAAAAGAAUACUCUUCCGAUCGUUCCUGUAUCUUCAGAAAAAUCCGAUUCUAGGCAGAUAACUUUUUCGCAACUCAAAUCGAGCGAGGAAACAUAUCAAAAAACAGAUAAUCCUACAAAACCACAGGAAGCGGACGAAACUGACCUUCAAACACGUGCCGAGAACUCUGAUUUUAAAAUAGAUUUCUCCAAAUUUCAGAACGUGAAUGCGUCAGAUACCGGUGCACGAUAUUCCCCCGGUAAUCCGACGUUCGAUGAUGAUUUGGACUCGGAAUCAUCGGCCGAAAUGCCCUCGCUGAAUAUCCAGGAAAUACCGUCACGAGAAAUUGAGUCAACUCCAAAAGAAAAUACAGAAUGUUUUCCAGAAACUAAAGUUUCUCCACAAGUUUUGCAUUCUGAAGUUGAAACCAGAAAUUCGCCCUUAAUUUUGCAGCCUGUCGUAGAAAUUAAAAAAUCACCGCCAAUUGUUGUUGAGCGAUCGUCUCAAAAAGAGAAGCUUUUGGAUUUGAAGAGGCGAGCAGCGCUUAUUUGCAAUAUUCCAGAACUGGCUAGUUCGCCUCCAAAGAAAAAGAAACGCGAUAAAAAGGAGAAAAAAUCAAAAGAAAAGAAAUCAAAGAAGAAAAGCUCCAAAAAGAACAAACUAUCCAAAACAGAAUUUUCCUCCGAAAAGCACAAAAGAAAAUCCAGCAGUAAAACUCGUGAUACAAGUUUAGAGUAUGACUCUUUGUCAGGCGAAGAUAGCGAUAACUCAAAGGACUAAUGUUAAUCCUUUUUCUUUCUAUUUAUGCUGCCUAAGUAUUGAUUUUCUUUUAAUUGCUUUAGCUAUCUGACUGGACUUGAUUUAAUGAAGUUUUACACUGGUCUAUUUUGUUCGGGGUAUUGAAUGAGACGUAUGUUUUAUCUAUGUUCGAAAUUUUCAUUUUGUUCCAAUUUUUGCAAUAUAUUAUAUUUUUCAACUAGUUUAAAUUU